AUGGUGAGAGAGAUAACCACAUCCACAACCUUAGACUUGGGAAAGCCUUCCUACCAAGCCAAAGAGCGCGGUUCUUUGCUUGGAAAUGGUAUUCUCACUUCCAAUGGCGCUUACUGGGCUCACCAACGGAAAAUCAUUGCACCCGAAUUGUACAUGGAGAAGGUUAAGGGAAUGACAAGGCUAAUUACGGAUUCAGCAAUAACGUUGGUGAGCUCAUGGAAUGGUCUAAUUGAGGCUGAGGGUGGUGUGGCGGACAUAAAAAUAGACAAUUACUUGAGAAGCUUCUCUGGGGAUGUGAUUUCGAGAGCUUGUUUUGGUAGCAAUUAUUCUAGGGGGGAAGAAAUUUUCUUGAGACUUAGAGCUCUCCAGGAUAUUUUUUCCAAGAAAGUCUUGACAACUGGGAUUCCUGGCAUGAGACAUCUUCCAACAAAGAGCAACAGGGAAGCAUGGGCAUUGCAGAAGGAGAUUCACACACUAGUCUUGAAGGUGGUGAAGGAGAGGAAUGAAGCUGGUUAUGAGAAGGACCUAUUGCAAAUGGUUCUUGAAGGUGCUAGAAACAGUGAUCUAAGCCAAGAUGAUAUUGACCGAUUUAUUGUUGAUAACUGCAAAAACAUCUAUUUGGCUGGGUACGAGACCACUGCGGUUUCAGCCAUAUGGUGUCUUAUGUUGUUGGCUUCAAAUCUAGAAUGGCAAGAUCGGAUUCGUGCCGAGGUUGUCCAGAUUUGCAGAGGUCGAAUUCCAGAUUCUGAUAUGAUUCGGAAGAUGAAACAGCUGACUAUGGUGAUAAAUGAGUCACUGCGCCUUUACCCCCCAGUGGUUGUGGUGUCAAGGGAGGCCUUGACAGACAUGAAAUUUGGAAACAUUAAUGUUCCCAAGGGUGUGAAUCUCUGGACCUUGGUGACAACACUCCACACUGACCCUGAAAUUUGGGGACCAGACUCCUACAAAUUCAAUCCAGACAGGUUUGCAAAUGGGAUCACAGGUGCUUGCAAGCUUCCACACUUGUACAUGCCAUUUGGGGUUGGACCAAGAGUCUGUCUUGGGCAGAACUUGGCCUUGGUUGAACUGAAGAUACUAAUAUCACUCAUUUUGUCGAAUUUCUCUUUCUCUCUCUCCCCAAAAUAUGUUCACUCACCUGCUCUGAAUUUGGUCGUCGAGCCUGGACAUGGAGCGAACCUUUUGGUGAAGAAGUUGUGAGCUUUGCCUUGAUUGCAAUACUAGGUUGUCCUGAGUUUGGGAUAGAUUGUAAAUAUUGUACUUCUUCUUUGUCAUCUUUGUCGGUUGUUGUACUAAGAUUUUUUUUUUGGC